AUGCCUCCGCCGAUCGCCCCCUUUCAACCCCCGACCAUACCACCCCCAAAGCUCAAAGACCUCAUCGACGGAGCCUUGAUCACAAAUGGCUACAUCAACGAAGAUAUUUCCACCACCUACCAUGCACAAGACCUCCACGCCGCCAUCCGCUACCUCGCACCACGCAUUCAACCCAUGAAAUCCGAACUCGCAAACAUCUCCAAUGAGUUAAGCCUCGAAUUCCAAACCGCCCAAAACUCCGCCAGAGCCGCCGGUAACCACCCUCUCGUCACAUCCCUCCAGACCCAAGCCGCAAUGUCACAGGCUUCCACCCAUGUGACAGAGACUGUGCAGGCUCCACCAGAAGCAGAACUCCGUCGUACUUCCGCUAUGGAUUCUGCGCAGAUUUUGACGAAAUUGGUGCUUUGUGUUUAUUCCGGGGAGGCGAGUGUGGCUGGGGCGAAGAGGAAAAUUGAGGAGUUGAGGUUGGGGAGGCUGGACGGUCGGUUUUCGCAGAAGGUUGGGGUGCAGAGGUUUUGA